AUGCCGAAACGCGUCAAUGCAGAGAUUUCAAGGCGUUACGACAUCGACAAGAAUGAGAUCGGAUCUGGUGGCUAUGGUAAGGUCUUCAUUGGCCGCGACAGGAACAUGAGGGACAGACUUGUAGCCAUCAAGAAGGUGAUCAUCUUUGAAGACGCCAAGAAAAAGGCGUUUUUGCAGGAGGCCCAAAUCAUGAAGGAUUUGGACCAUCCCAAUAUCUGUAAGCUCUUGGAGACCUACGAACAGGGCCGUUUUAUGUUCUUCGUAAUGGAGUUCUGUGAGGGUCGAGAGGUCUUCGACCGCAUUAUGGAGCAAGGGCUCAUCCAGGAGUCGACCACUGCAGAGAUUGUGCGGCAGUCGGCCAGUGCACUGCUGUACGCGCACAACCGUGGCAUUGCACAUCGCGACAUGAAACCUGAAAACAUUUGUUCGACUUGGCACGCUUGA